UACAAAAGUUGGAUCUUUCGAGAGAGGCGUGCUUUGCCAAGCGUCCGAGGGCACCGAAUCCGACGCUCGUAUGGACGCGACAGACUUUGACAUUGAUGACGACGUCGAGAUCGACCUCGAGAAGCUCCCGCCGGACGAGCGCGAGGCCAUCAUGUCUCGGGUGACGCCCGACGACAGCACGCCGGUGGACGCCUUCUCGCUCGGCCAAAACGACCUUCGGCGCGAGCUCAUUGACCGCGGGAUUCAGCCCAAAGGCUUCUUCAACGACGACGCCGCGCGGCUCCAAGAAGAAUUCAACUCGGAGCACAGCGCGGAGCGCGACUCGCGCAUGAAGCAAAAGAUUCAAACGGCGGCGCGCAACUACCUGCGCGAAACCAUCAAGCGCAAGCGGCAACAGCGCGAGACCGAGCUCAGCGAAGAGAUCGCCGAGAUCGCCAACAACCCCAAGCUCGAAGUCUGGCUGGACCUUGUCAAGGCCAAUACAACGCCGAUGGAAGCCCAAUUUCGCGUCAACUCGGUCGCUACCCGCGCCCUCUCCAAAGUGUUGCCGUUCAAUUUGAGUUUGCGCGCGCUCAAUCUGAGCGGCAACCAGCUCGACGACAUGGCUGGAAAAGCCAUUGCAAACGUUUUGCGGCGCAACACAUCUCUGCAAAAGCUUGAAGCCGAAAGCAACAACUUUGGCCCGAUGACCAUGAAGGAGCUUGCGGCGGCGCUCGCGGUGAACGAAGGUCUCACGUCCUUGAGCUUGGAGAGCAAUCCACUGACGGCGGACGAGACCGACUUUUCGGGCAUUGCUGCAUUCGGCGCGAUGCUCGCCAAAAAUGCGACGCUGACGAGCGUGAACCUCUGGCGCACGCGCUUGGGCGUCGAGGGAGGCAAGGCGCUCGUGAAAGGCCUCUACAACAACAGCAGUGUUCUCUGCCUCGACGUUGGCAACAACAAGAUUGCGCUCUCGGACGCCAACUUGAUUUCCAAGCGCCUCACCGAAAACAUUGACGCGGCCGACGUCGUCCAGCGCAAGCGCGGGCUCAUGAAGAAAGGGCAAAUGAACGCUGCGGAGCGUGAGCGCAAGCGCAACGAAGACCGCAAAAAGCAAGAAGAACAUGAGCAAUGGCUGGACGACCGCGCCAAGGAGCGGUCGAGUGACCGCGAAAGAAUGGAGGCCGAACGCCAGCGCCAAGCGCGAGAAGACGACGACCGCAUGCGCCAAAUGGCGUGGCGAAAGCAAGCCGAGUUCCAAGCCAAGCUCGAGCUCGAGAAGAAGAAGAAGACCAAGGGGAAAAAGAAAAAGUAAAUAAUUGCUCAACAA